CGGCCAUUCGCUGCUUUCACUUGUGUCGCGCAUCACAGUCAUUCCCAUCCGAGCGCCGCGUCUCCAUGUUCUAGUAGCUCUCGUGUUAAUUGACUGUAUUUGCACUAUAAUUUCGGCAGUGAUCGGCUGCGGAAAAGAAAGAAGAUGGCGUAUUCCGACGACGCUGUCAGAGCGAAGCUCGCUGCACUGAACGAAACCCAAGACAGCAUCGUCUCCAAUGCACAAUGGAUUAUGUUCCAUCGUCGAUUUGCAGCCAAGACGGCUUCCGUCUGGCUAAACCGAUUGCAAGAAAACACCAACGCAUCAAAGCGAUUGAAUCUGAUCUAUCUCGCAAAUGAAGUCGUGCAACAAUCUCGAGCACGCUCCAAGCAGGACUUCUUACUCGCAUUUGAGCCACUGAUCGCCGAUGCCACUGCAGCUGCAUACAAAGGCUCUAGUCAAGAUAUCCAAGGGAAGAUCCGGAGGGUGGUUGAAGUCUGGCGGCAACGCGGCAUUUUCGAUAACCGGAUUCAGGAGCAAAUCGAAAAGAGAUUGGAAGAACUUGACAAGCAGAAGGGAGGGAAGACUCUAGGCGGCGGAGGAGGUGGUCGACUCGGUGGAAGCCUGUUUGGGGGAAGCACAGCCGCGAGUGGAGUCGUAUCUGAGUUGGAAGGGAUAAAUAAAUCCUUCACGGCUCUGAACAAGGCUACAUCGACGGCCAAAGUUCCGGUCGCAACCGCAAGUGAUGAGUACUCGAAAUGGAAUGAUCCCAGCACAUCAAUCCCGUCAGCACCUGUACAUGCAGCGCGACUUCGAGGAUUGGUCAAGGAUCUCACUGCCGCACAUCUCGCAGUCGGCGAGAAGAUCAAAACGCAACGGGAAUUGAUCGAGGGCCUCGAGAAGCUAUUAGAAAGCACGCGCACAAAACUCGCUGAAGAUGAGGAGAUUUCCAACGACUUCAGUGCGAAGAUCGACAGCACCCAAGCGAAGGUGACCGAAGUAGAGGACAGCAUCAUGCGCGGCCAGGAAUCCACCUUGGGGGCGGAAUCCUACGAUCGUGAUGGAUCAGCGCCCGCAAGACCUGACACAGAAGGUUUCACGCCGCCCCCUCCUGAUGUCGAAUCCUUCACUCCACCUCCCAACAACGACGAUGACUUACCAUUCAACGGCGCAAAUAUCAUGACCAAUACCGAACCCCUAGAGACCCAAGACCCUAGCUCAAUCUCCAAUGACCAAAUCCCCACGCAAUCCAAUACCUUCAACGAGCCACCUCCAUCGUUCGAAAUCUCCUCCUCACUCGCCCAACAACAAGCGGCCGCCGCCGCGCAGGACUUCCUGAAAAAUCUUAUGCCGCACAUCCGUAAGGCUUCAGACGAGAUUCCGGAACACGCGAGCAAUGGAAGCGAGGGCGAUCCACGACUCAAGCGGUCAAAGCAAAGCAAUUACGAGGACGACGAUGGCUUUGGGGGUGUAUCCGUCGGUGGUGUGGACGAGGAUGGUGUUAGUGCUUUAUUGGGAUCGUGAGGGGAUGUUGUAUGAUAAUCCGGAGGAUUGAAUGAUUUCCGAUGGCGAGUUGGGCUGUGUAUGAGUUGUCCUUGUAUUUAUUGUUGGGGGAGGGUACAAUUUGUCAGAUUUGCUUGUAACGAGUUGGGAAUCGCUUAAGAGAAAAGAAGGGGGCCGAGAAAUGUAUUGCAGAGGGGAGGAAUCUUUCGCCGCGACACUUUCAUCCCGAAUAAUGAGGGACAUUUUGUGGUCCCAAAAUCAUUAAUUCAUAAGAUAAUUUCUUUCCGACGAGUCGUCGUCUACGCGAUACGAGAGUGCUUCUAAACAGACCAAUUUCAAUAAUAUGGAAAACCCCUCCAUU